CACAGGUAGUCUGUCCGAAUGGGCUCUCGGCGUAUAUACUUGUUGAUCUCCGGGCGAAACGCUGGUGCGAUAUGCGGAGCAGAAAGCAGGCGGGUGGGCAGUAGAUCGUGCUGAGGAUCUCUCUGCCAUGUCGGAGGCAGAGGAGGGGGAAAUGGAUUGGGUUAGACCCUGGCAAUAGUAAACCAAUAACGGCGUCUCCUUUUUUUUCUUUUUUUUAAAUGCUACUGCUUCAUUUUCGGAUUGAUUGUUCACAGCGGUACGUGCUGCUUUGAUUCAGUGCAGGAUGACUCCAACUCACUACGAUACAAUAAUGAAAGAAGACAGGACCAACCGUAGUCCAUAGCCCUGGAUGUUUGCCUGAUUCCUCAACCUAAAGUCAUCAUGGAGAAAUCCUUGGCAGAGUUAAAUAAAGCUGGCUCCCACUCCACAUCGUCGCUGCCACCCGAACCGGUGGACAUCAUUCGCAGCAAGUCAUGUUUCCGCAGAGUCAGGCUGAAUGUUGGGGGUCUCCCACAUGAGGUCUUGUGGCGAACGUUAGACAGGCUACCACGAACACGUUUGGGAAAGUUACGAGAUUGCAACACCCACGAAUCUCUGAUGGAAGUGUGUGACGACUACAACCUGGAGGAGAAUGAGUACUUUUUUGACCGACAUCCGGGGGCGUUCACGUCAAUUCUGAACUUCUACCGCACGGGUAAGCUGCACAUGAUGGAAGAAAUGUGCGCCCUGUCGUUCAGUCAAGAACUCGACUACUGGGGCAUCGACGAGAUCUACCUGGAGUCCUGCUGCCAGGCGAGGUACCACCAGAAAAAGGAGCAAAUGAAUGAGGAGCUCAAACGAGAGGCCGACAAUAUGAAGGACAGAGAAGGAGAAGAAUUCGACAACACUUGCUGUGCUGAAAAACGAAAGAAACUUUGGGACCUCCUGGAAAAGCCCAGCUCAUCUGUUGCAGCAAAGAUCCUGGCCAUCAUCUCCAUCCUCUUCAUCGUGCUAUCCACCAUUGCCUUGUCUCUGAACACCCUUCCAGAGCUGCAGGACACUGAUGAGUUUGGCCAGUCAUCAGACAACCCACAACUGGCCCACGUGGAAGCUGUGUGUAUUGCCUGGUUUACCAUGGAGUAUCUGCUUCGCUUUCUCUCCUCACCCAACAAGUGGAAGUUCUUUAAGGGUCCUCUGAAUGUCAUCGACCUGCUGGCCAUCUUGCCCUACUACGUCACCAUCUUCCUGACAGAAUCCAACAAGAGCGUGCUGCAAUUUCAGAAUGUCCGCCGCGUGGUUCAGAUUUUUCGGAUUAUGCGUAUCCUGCGUAUUCUAAAGCUGGCUCGUCACUCGACAGGUCUUCAGUCCCUGGGCUUCACUCUCAGGAGGAGUUACAAUGAGCUGGGCCUGCUUAUUCUUUUCCUGGCCAUGGGCAUCAUGAUCUUCUCCAGUCUGGUGUUCUUUGCUGAGAAGGAUGAGGAGGAUACAAAAUUUAAAAGCAUUCCAGCUUCUUUCUGGUGGGCUACUAUUACUAUGACGACAGUAGGCUACGGAGAUAUCUACCCAAAAACUCUUCUGGGAAAGAUAGUGGGGGGUUUAUGCUGCAUAGCAGGAGUACUAGUGAUCGCCCUACCUAUUCCUAUUAUUGUAAAUAACUUCUCUGAAUUCUACAAGGAGCAGAAGAGGCAGGAAAAAGCACUUAAACGAAGAGAGGCCCUAGAGAGGGCAAAAAGAAAUGGUAGCAUUGUCUCAAUGAACUUGAAAGAGGCAUUUGCUCGAAGUGCAGAACUGAUGGAUGUGGUGGUAGAGAAAAGUGAGAGGCCUCACGACAACCAUCUUUCUCCAAGCCGUUGGAAAUGGACCCCCAAGAGAGCUGCAUCAGAGACCAGCUCAAACCGUUCCUUCAACGCCCAGGAUUUAACCUCUCCCAACAAGGCCCGAGCCACCAGUCCCCAGAGGCUAAAUGUCCAGAAGCUCGAGGAGAUGUACAACCAGAUGGCCAAGACACAAUCCCAGCCUAACCUCAAUGCUAAAGAUAGGGGCUCCAGAGUUGGCAAACAGAGGGAUGAGAUAGAGCUGGGAGCUAUCCAAGAUCACGGGCCACCAGUGCUAGGAACCAGAGAAGGAGUCGGGGACAUGAAAAGCUUGUCCAGCAUUGACAGCUACAUCAGUUGUGCUACAGACUUCCAGGAGAAUACACGCUUCCCCCAUAGUCCAGCAAUUGACCUUGGUCUUCAGGAAAGCAACCGGUACUCCCACAGUCCAGCUACAGCUUUGUCCCAGCACAGCAGUACAAAAACAGGCCCCAAAACCACUGGGGAGCAUGAGCCCAUGCUGACUCCUGUGUCUAUCACAAAGCCCUCAUGCUCAGAGAAUGCACGGAGAUUCUUCUUUUCUGGCAACUCCUCAAAAAGCCUUAUCAACAAAGGAGGCUGUCGCAGUGAGGGGGAGUCAGGCCCAUCCCCGCUCUCAGACAGCUCAGUCCUGUCAGACCGCUCUCUGUUAAGCCCUGAAGCUUCUGUCUACACCACUGCCAGCAGCAGAACCCCACCCAAGUCCCCAGAUAGCAGCACCCAACUGGCCCCAACUGUCUUCACCUUCCACGACUCCUCCAUCAGCAAAUACAUUGAUGCUGACACAGAUGACGAUGAGCACCUCCGCGACAUCUCUGACACCAGUCCUUCAGAGCGUCUUUUGGCUGGUUCAAGCCCAAAACGCAGCAUCAACAUCAAUUACCAGAAAGGCGCCAACCAUUUAGAAGCAGCCCAAAAAAUGCUGGGACAGAACUGUCUGUUCCCCAUUGAAGGGAUUCGUGGGGUAGCUCACGAGAAUCACGUAGGACCUGAGAUGGCACGGAGACCAAAGGUUGAGAGGAUGCGUCAAAAUACUUUGGAUAAAAACCUUUGA